AUGAGUGAAGUGUGGCAAGUUUUUAUUAAAACUGACUGUGGUUUACGUGCCCAAUGUCAAAUCUGUAAAAAGACGUACGCCAAUUCAGGUACAAAUACAACAAAUUUAUGGAAUCACCUUCAGUCCAAGCACAAGUCAAAAUUUAAAGAGUUGGAUGAUCAGCGCAAAGGAUUUUCAGGAUCGCCAUCGCCAUCCUCGUUGUUAGUUAACAUUGAUGAAUGUGAUGAUGAGGGUUCAUUUUCAUCAACAGCUACAACAAUUCCAUGUUCAGUAAACAGUACCAGCUCAAAAAUGAAAAAUGAAAAAAAAAUGAACCAAUUACCAAUUACAUCUUAUACACUUACUGCAACUGCUCAGGCAAGAAUCGACAAUGUGCUAGCUUAUUUCAUUUCUACAGAUAUGAUGCCGUAUAGUAUUGUUUCAAAAGAUGGAUUUAAAAUGUAUACAAAUGCCCUUAAUGCUAGUUAUAAAAUUCCAAGCCGCAAAACAAUGACUGAAUCAAGGAUACCUUAUCUCUACAAGGUGACUAAGGAAAAUGUUGAAACUAUUGCAAAAAAUACAUUGUUCAUGUCAUUCACUACUGACUGUUGGACAUCAGUAGCAAAUCAGCCAUUUAUGGCUUUGACAGGUCAUUAUAUUGACAAUGAUUUUAAUUUAGGCUGUAUAUGUUUGGGAUGUAUUGAACUUAUUGAAGAUCAUACUGGUGACAAUAUAGCUGAUGCAUUGAUUAUGUUAUUCUUGGAAUAUAAUAUUGAAAUCCCAAGCAAUAAAAUAUGUUCAUUUACAACUGACCAUGGAUCAAAUGUAUUAAAAGCAGUUAAAAAUUUGAAUAUUACUCAUACACCAUGUUUUGGGCAUGCUUUUAACAUAGCUGUCGGAAGAAUAUUUCUUCUUCAACAAGUAAAUGUAAUUGUAGUAAAAGUAAAAAAAAUUCAAAAUAUUUUUGCACAUAGCUGGCAGGCAGUAAAACAUUUAAAAACUGAACAAGAACGAUUUGGUUUAAAAUGUAUAAAAAUUCCGUCAUAUUCAAAAACCAGAUGGUGGUCUCUUCUCGAUUUAAUUAAAGUUGUUAUUACCCAAGAAUUAGCUUUAUCAAGUUUUUUACGUACCUACAAAAAAGGAGAGUAUAAAAAAUGUAUAAUAGAUGUUGAAGAGUUUGAAGUCUUAAAAUGUAUUGAAAUGGUUUUAAGUCCUGUUAGAGAAAUUGCAGAUAAUUUAGCAGGGGAAACCUAUGUAACUGCUUCUGCUAUAUACCCAGUAAUUAAUAAUAUAAAAAAUAAAAUUAAUGAGGUAUCCACAAAUGAAAAUACAGCUGAAUUAAAAACCGAAAUGUAUAACACAAUUUCGGAUUUGCUCGAUAAUCGUUAUAAUGACAACAAUGCAUUAAAAAUUACUAUGGUACUGGAUCCUCGAUUUAAGAUGAAAUAUAUAAAUGAUACUGAUCAAAUAUCUGUCAAAUAUGCCAUGAAAACUGAAUGUCUUAGUGCUUGGUUGGUUUGGAAUGAAAUGCAUAAUGGUAAAGAAGAUGGAACUGAUAAUUUAUCAAUGGACAAUUAUAGUUCUCCAUCCAAAAAAGUUAAACAAUCUGGCUUGCUUGCAAUAUUCGGAGAGCCAAAUGUUCCUAAUAAUCGAUCUUUAAAUCAAGAAGAUGAUACUACACCACAUAAAAUAGAGAAAGAAAUUGAGUUUUAUACAGGAUUACCUACAAUAUCAUUUUGUCAAAAUCCUCUAAAGUGGUGGAAUUUAAAUUCAUCGAUGUACCCUUUUUUAACCAUUCUUGCAAGAAAAUUUCUCACCAUUCAAGCUACUAGUGUGGCGUCUGAGAGGGUUUUUAGCAAAGGAGGUCUUAUAGUCACAGAUCAUAGAGCUACACUUACUAAUGAUCAUGCUAGCCAACUUGUUUUUCUAUCUGCGAAUAAGGCCCAUGUUCCAAUUCCUGUUUAA